UCGAGGUGUACUCACGUGUUCGUAACUACUCUAUUAAUUCCUUCUGGUCGGACGUGCUCGAUUCCCAGGAUGUGAUAGACCUCACGAACGAGAGGACCUUCAUGAAAAAGCCACCCAGCAGUCUGCCGACCUUCUCUAGACGGAAGACUCUCGAGAAGGAGAAGCAGAGCAAGCAGGACGUUGCUGCGUUGACGACGGAGAACGAGGAACCGAUGCCGCCGAUUGACGUCGAAGUGGUACCUCCAGAUUGCCCACGGCUAGAUUCGCUUGUCUUGCACUCGGACGAGAACUUGAAAGACCAGAACCAGAAUUCCAUCAAAUUCGAGGAGGAGGACAAGGAUCUGUUUUGCGUCGGUCGAACGUUAGGCACGCAGGAUCCGUAUGGGCAACGCGUGCUGCAAAUCGCGUCGAUUCUACGAAACCUCAGCUUCACGCCGGAGAACGCGACGAUAUUAGGCAGGAACCGGUGUUUCCUGCGAUUCGUGCUGCUGUGCGUGAGAGCGAGGUGGAGCAAUCUGCAUCAGCUCGGCUUCGACAUACUAGGGAACAUUGCGAACGAAGUUAUUUUAAAGGAGGCCGGGGAGAGGAUAACAGACGUCGUCUUAACGUGCGUGGCCAAGGGAAUCGAGUCCCAGGACAGGUUUAUCGUUAUAUCCUGCCUGGAGGUGCUCAACAAGAUCAGCCAGCAAGACAGUAACGAAGAAAUUGUUACGUUUGGUCUGGCAGAUAAUGUUUAUGAACUCAUCUGCAGAUUUCUGGCUAUGAGUGACGUAGCCCUCUUAGUGUAUACUCUGGAAUGUCUGUACGCUUUAACGUCACUGGGUGAGAGACCAUGCACGAGCGUCGCGCGGGUACGCGGUGCCAUUGACACGCUGGUCGCCCUCGUCACCGUGGAGGCGCAGAGUUACGGCCCGAAGGCUUGUAUUCUCAUGCGAGUGGUCGAGACGGUGUCCACAGCAGCGGCGCAGCAGAACACCACCGGGCAAACCGCUGUCCCCGUCACCCCUACCACACCAGCCACAACGACUGCGUCCGCGUCCACUCCGUCUACGCCGGCUACGAUCACUGCAACCCCGGCACCUGCCAGUCCAGCAUCUUCUCGACCGACGACUCCCGCCGCGACCUCGACCAAGUCGACAACGCACAAAGCGGUGGAGACAGCUAAUGCGAUCCAACAACAAACCGCGCAUCAGCAAAUCAUUCAAGAGAAUGAACAGUUCGCUCUAGGUUGGGUAAAAGCGACGUUUGAACUCGCACCCGGUAUACGCAUCGAACAGGAGGAGUUGUAUAAAAAGUACCUCGGUUGCUGCACGAAAAUCGGUAGACGAGGCGUGAUAGCACCACUGCAUUUUCCCAGAUGCGUCAGAUCCGUUUUCGGCAAUAUCGUGGGGCCGAAUCCAUUGAAGGGCGAAAAUACCGGCACCCAGUAUUACGAAGGCAUCCGUGUACGGGCCACACCCGCGCCGAUCACUUAUCCGAGCCAAACUACCGCUGCUGUCGCGACUAAUACACUCCCGAUUCCGGCGGUCAACACUACUCCAGUAAAGGUGCUUCCCGUUCAACAGCGUACAGUCAAGAAUAUAAGUCCCGCACCCGAUAGCACGGCCGCUCCUCAGGUCGAUAGUCCCGCCGCGUCGUCCGGGACGCAAACGACCUCCACCCCCGCGUCUCCCAUCCUCAAGGCCCAAUUGUCCGCACCGCCGAAACCCCCGUCCAACAACACCUCGAGCCAGUCCCAAAAUCCAGUGACCAAGGUUGAUUCUAAAAGUCAGGUAUCAGUGUCGCAUCCGCAUCUGAGCCAAGCGUUGCUAGCGAGCGGCUCCCAAACGCCGCAGCAGCAACAGCAGCAGCCGCAGCCGCAGCAACAGUUACAAUGUCUCCAGGUAGUUGCUAAGGAAGACAAUCGAAGUGGCACUACGUCGAGUUCCAUAAUAAAAAGCCUAUUGGCUACUAAGGUUGCCCAACGUCAACAACAACAGAGGUUACUGCAGCAACAGAUGACGGGUGUGAUGCAGCCCGCUGCACCCGCGGCCACCCCGGCCACGAUACUUCCAAAGACUCCCGUCAACGCUAAGCAGAAACCGGCAAUCACACCCAUUCCUGCCAAAAAGAUACAAAGGCUCAACGGGGCCAAGUUUAUUGUGACUAAUAACUGCGAGAAGACUGAAGUAAACGAUAACGACAAUGCUAACCAAAUUAUCACGUCCACGACCACGGUGGUGAACUCGACUGAAAAUCACAUAUCUUCCUCACCGGCGAAGGUCUGUCGUCCGCCCUUGACAACAACGGUCAAUGUCGCCACUGCUACACCGAACAAGACAAAUCAACGCAUGACGUGCACUUCCAUCGGCGAGGAUUCGGAUUCCACCAACAACUCUUUGGCGUCCAGCAGCGGUAUCGGCGGUAGCAGGGACUGUUCCUUCAGGGUCGAGGAGGAGAACAUGCCGACGAGUUUCGAAGGUAUCCUACUUAAUGGCGCGCCGGCGAGCAACAACACGGACAUCGACGCGCAGGAGGACGGCUCGUCCAAGGACUCGUCGAGCGUGGGUUCGAAAGACAAGCCGCUACAGAGCAUGAUGCUGGUGGACCUGCUCGAGAGAAAGGUCGAUAAGGAGCCGAUUUUGAACGGCGUGCUCAGUAAGAACUCUAUUAACGAGAAAGAGAUGGAUCUGGUGGAGAAUCACAUCAAGAAGGUAUUAAAAGAAUCUCCCACCGAACUGAAGAUAAAGCCCGAGGUAGAGAGCGGCAAUGUUAUACAGAACGAAGUGUCCGAGGAUACCCUGAUCGAGGCGCCGCGAGGAAUCAAGAGAUCGGCCAGCGAAUCAGACGAGCUGGAUAUUAAGAAGCCGAAGUAUUCCAACGGCACGAUGUCCCCCGAUCCAGCGGUCGACUCGACCACGGCGGAAUCCACGGUAUCGAGUAUAAAAUCCGAGGAGCAGGACGACGACAAGGACAGCGAGAAAGCGACUGUUUCCUCCACCGCGGCGAAUCUCUAUGCCGCUUUGGCAGCGGACUGCAUAGAAGACGAGAUGGACUUGGAAGAGCAAGUGAACGUUAAUAAGGAUACGAUAAAGGAUGAAGCGUCAGCGAUGGCAACAGCACCGAUGACAGUGGCAGCGACGGCGAAGGCUACGACGACAGCGACAGCGACGGCGGCAGUAGCUAUGGCAGCAACAGCUACGGUACCAAUGGCAGCGACAGCAACAGUGGCGGUGGCAACGGCGACUCCAGCUUCCCUUCCUCCUCCUCUUCAUGUAAAGACGGAACCAACGUCAAUUAUCAUGAAAGAAGAACCACCGACUAUACACAUCAAGGAAGAGCCUCACAUAUUCAUCAAUCAGAUCGCAAGCAUCAAUCAGGUGUCGCAGCCGCAACCGCAGCAACAGCAGCAACAACUCAUAGUGACAACGCCUAGGCAAAUAGUCGUGCAGCAGGCGAUCCCGACGAGCAACCAAGUAAUUAUUCCCACCACGACGGUGAAGGGUAGGCCGCCUCCGCCUCAACCGCAGGUGCUUCUACAACAGAGCGCGGGCGGGCAGCUGCAAUACGUAGUGUCGGGCGGUGUACCUGGUCAGAACUACGUAUUAGCACAGCCACAGACGGCCCUAGUACAGGGACAAGCGCAAACCGUUCUCGUAGCGCAGACGACGCAGCAACAGGGGACUGCUACCAAGACAAUUAUCAUACUGCAACCUCAGGCCGCCGCGCAACCGACCCCGCAGAAGAUGGUGGCAGUGACGCCGCAGGGGCAGCAAGUGGUCGUGACGCAGGUUCCUCGUCCGAUUUUGCAGAGCCCGGCGCUCGGCAACAUCCCGCCGCCCCUCGUACCCACAUCCGCCACUAUUCCGCAGGCCUCCAUUAUAGUCAACAGCUCGGUGGCGCAGACCAACUCGAACACGGUGACCGUCACGAUCCCGGCGAUGGCCCAGCAAACACCGGUAUCCACCAGCGUGCCGUCCAGGGUGGUGACGCCUACUCCGGCGUCCACGCCGCCGCCGACUAGGCCCACAACUCCGCAUCAAGCGGCGGCUACUCACGGUGUGUCCGCCAUCAAACCGUCACCCGUCACUAAGAUCGUGAAAACGGUGAGUUCGUCAACCUCCACCGAGCCGGAGUCGAAACCCUCCACAAGCCAGCAGCAACAGCAACACCAGACGCCACAGCCAUUGCAGGAGAGCAAAACCAUCACGAUCAAAAUCGAUCCUAACGCUUACCUGUGUGAGUGGCGGGGCUGUCUUAGACAAUUCAAAACACCGCACGAAGUCUAUCUUCACGUUUGCGAAGCCCACUGUCCGACUGGUGGCGAGGAAAUACUGUGUCUGUGGGCGAGCUGUGAUGCUCUCAAGAGACGCAAGUUCUCGUUAAUGACGCAUCUCUACGAUAGGCACUGCAACGCUGACACAAUGUCGAUGAGGAGGAAACAAUUGACAGCGACGGGUAAAACCGAAGUCUCCACAUCUACGCCCCCGACCCCGCAUCAUCCCGGAUAUGCACCCAACGCGGCAUUCCACGCUAUUAAACGGCAUGCUCUGGAAUUCGUUAAUCCUAAGGAGCUAAUGCAGCAAAGGCCGACCAAGCCCGCUGCAGCCACCUCAAGCUCUUCUUCCCCCAGACCUGGGCAAAAUUCUCCACCAGAACAGGAUGACAACGAAGGUCCAGUGACCAAAAGUAUUCGCCUAACGGCAGCUCUCAUUCUUAGAAACCUAGUCAUAUAUUCAACACACGGUAGAAGGCAUCUUAGAGCGUACGAGCCCCACUUGGCAGGCGUGGCGUUAAGCAAUGUCGAAUCAUCGAGAACAAUCGCACAAGUCCUUUAUGAUAUGAACGACCAGAGUAGCAGUAGCCAUCAUAGGUGACCUCUUGAAUCAGGCCUCUAAAAGCUCUUUUAAUCUUGCGAGCAGCGAUCAACUUACAUUAUUUCGAAUUACACGGGGAGAAAGCGAGUGCAUAAGUUUAUAGUCACUUGCCGUAGUGAUUACAUGCAUAUGGAUGACUGUACAUGCGUGCGUGCGUCCGUGCCUAUGUAUGUACGUGCGUGCGUGCGUGAUGUGUGCCCAUGCAAUUUGAAGGACUGGAAUUAGAGAAGAAUGGUACCGAGGAUAAAUGUUCCAUAUAUAGAAAAAAAGAGGCCUAUAAACUUACUAGGCAAAUCAUUUUGCCAAUUUAGAUUAUGAUAUGAACUGUAACUAUAGUGAAAUAUACAAUACAAAGACAGUUAGGUCAAAUAUGGAAAAGUGAUAACGAGUUUGCAAGAGAAAAAAAGAGAGUGUGUGCGUGUGCGUGCGUGUGUGAUAAAGAGCGAAAAAGAGAGAUAGAGAGCGAGUGAAUGAGCGAGAAAAAGAAUGCGAACGAGCGAUCGAGAGAGAUGAUAUUUCAGAUUUAAUAUUAAUAUUUAUUUUCUCAACAAGAAAGGUGGAAAAAGUGUUUUUAGUAAACGUGUACAAAAAGGAACGAAGAAAAUACUUUAUGGACGUUAUAGUUAAUUAUAAUCAAUAUAUUAUAAUUAAUAUUGUAUUAUUCUAUUAUAUUAAUUAUUAUUGUAUGUUUUUUUUCGUAAAUCACCAAGGACCUAGGAUAAAGAAACAAAAACGAAAUCUUUUUAUGAAAUGUAUUUGUUAGGAAUUUAUGUUUUGCUUAUAAUUGCAUAUUGCGAUUACAUGGCUAUAUAUAUUAUCGUCUCUCUUUGUUUUAUUAUUAACUAAUCUAAUCUAUCGACAGAAAUUAGUAAGAUAUAACAGUACAUGCAUCGGCAUGCUAGCGAGUUCGUCAUUACAGCAGAACAUUCAUAUCACUGCAUAAAUCUAACGACGUCUAGUUUAGAUCAGUUUUAGCUCGAUGACUCCUAGCCAUUCGACUUUCUGCGAUGUGUCAGGAUACUUAGAGGACAAUUUUUUACGCUCGCUGAGUAAUGCGGCAUAUCGUUAGACAAAUUUAGAAAAUGACUUUGUCAUUAGCGUGACUUCCAAUCAAAAGAAAUAUCUUGCAAAAAGCGAUCCCGAAACCAGCAGUAUUGACAAAUUAACGAGUUACGAAUGAGUAAGUAAAUUCCCAACGUUCUUUAUAUCUGGAUUUAAAUGGCCUAAGAUCUUAGAUUUUUAUAUGACGAUUGUAAUAUUGAAUUCUUUUUUUCCUUUGAUUCUUAUAUAUUUAACUCGAGAAUUUUAUUACUAAUAUACUCCGCGACUGCAAUUGGAAGUAUAUUUCUUUUUCAUUCUCAUGGUAGAACGUAGUUGGCUCUCGGCUGAUGCAAACGUAUCGUACUUGGAACAUCUCAGUUGAACAUGAUUAUAACAAAUUUAUGCAACAAUAGACGAAAUUUAUUGUAAUAUCGUGUGAAAUGCAAUAUAUAAUAUUAUUACAACGCAUAAUGACAAAGUUGUCUUUUGACGUAAUACUCUAACAUCGUUUGCUCUGGAAGAUCGUAGAUUUCUUUUCAUAUUACAGAGUGUCCGCGAAAAAAGAAGAUACUAUUAAAAAUACUAAUUUUCUCUGAAUCGGACGUCAAAUAAAAAUGAUUAAAGGAUUUGUCCCCAUUAUUUGGCUAAUGGCUAUGUAAUUUAUGUAAAAUGAAUCUUUAUUUUAUUUCGAACGGUUUAAAGCGUUAAAGUGACAAAGUAUUUUAUGUUCUCGGACGUCACUACUUCGCGAACGGCGUAGAUUGCAUUUAUCAUUUAUUAAAUUGUUUGAGACACCACUACAUUGCAUGAAAGAGUAAGCUGAUCAUAUUGAAGAUAUAUACAUACUUGUACAUAAUGCCUGUAUUUCAUUCAUGAUGUUAAAACCUCUGUGUAAAUUUCUUAAGAUUGUAAGUUUAAUGCGUCUCUAAGAGAAACAAAGUAAAUGAUUCUUGUAUUAUAAUAGAUUGUGACAAGACAUAGAAGUUGCAAGAAACGGAUUUUUGUAAUUAUUUAACUGGUUCGGUGAAGAAAACAACUGAGGAACGGUUUCGUCUUAUAUUACAAAACGGCCGUUUAAGGAUAGACAUAAAAAAAAAUAUGAUAAUGGACCCUGUGCGAGCCUCUAUUAUGUAUUUUAUAUAUAAAUAUAUAAAAACAAGUUUAAUAGCUGAACGUUUUUAGGAGGACGAAAAUCUUGUGAGAGGCUUUUUAUUUUUAUUAUUUGUAAUUAUACCUAGUUUACAUGUUCACCGUUUCGUACGAUCAUCGAGAUCAUAAAUAAACAUCUGUGUAAAGGAAUAAAAGAACGAUAUAAUAAAUUACUAAAUACGAAGGAGAAUAUGGGAAAAAUAUA